AUGGGAUCAUUGAAGAAACUGAAUGUACUGUCUCUGCAACACAACAAUCUAACCGGCGAGAUCCCUUCAAGUGUAGCCGGUUCGAUUCCGAAAACCAUAGCCGAUAUCCCUCAGCUGGAUUCUCUGGACGUACGCAACAACAGCCUCUCUGGCAUUCUUCCACCUGGUCUUAAGAAGCUGAGUGGAAGAUUCCAGUUCGAGAACAAUCCCGGGCUGUGUGGGAUUUGUUUCCCCCUACUGAGGGCUUGUUCGGGUUUUGACAAUGUGAAUAUUGAACAACUCAAUCAGCCUUCUCCGCAGGUUGUUUCGGAUACGUCUGGUCUGCACAACAUAACCAAAGCUGUUUACUUUCACGGGAAUUGCAACCAAACCCAUUGCCAGAAAACGUUGAAACUGCCACAAGUUGCUGUGAUCUCCAGUGUGAUUACAGUGGGUAUAACGUUGGUGGGAGCUGGUUUCUUGACAUUCUUUCGCUACAGAAGAAGGAUACAGAAGAUGGGUGAUGUGACGAAGUUGUCUGAAGGAAGGCUAAGCUCGCCAGUAAACGGUGCUUCACCUCUGAUCUGUCUGGCAUAUUCCAAAGAAUGGGAUCCGCUCGGCGACAGCAGGACAGGAAUGGAGCCAGGUUUCUCAUUGGACCACCGUUUUCUCGUAAACAGCAGUUUCAGGUUUAGUAUGGAAGAUAUUGAAUCUGCAACACAAUGUUUCUCAGAAGCAAAUCUAUUGAGCAGAAGCAACUUCUCAUCAGUUUUCAAAGGAAACCACCGGGAUGGCUCUCUUGUCGCCAUAAAAAGAAUCAAUAUAACGAGCUGCAAGAACGAGGAAGCUGAGUUCUUGAAGGGUCUGAAUGUGUUAGUCUCGCUCUCACACGAAACCCUCGUUAAGCUACGAGGGUUUUGCUGUUCCAGAGGCAGAGGCGAAUGCUUCCUCAUCUACGAUUUCGCCCAGAAUGGAAAGCUCUCAGAUUUUCUCGACGCACAAGAAAAUCUGCUUUCGAACCCGAGAAAACUCACGUUUCGAUUUUGUUUUGCCGGGGUUGGUUGCCGUUUUCUGAUUUCAAUCACAGAGCAAAAGCACAACCGGAAAAAACGGUCGGUUAAGGAGAACCGGAAUCCUGGUUAA